AUGUCACCCUGCGACAUCCACUUCUACACAGGAGUAACACGAAAUGUUUUUGAUAGUCUGGCCAGCGCUGUAAGAACGCUAGUCAAAACAAGGUCAGCAAUGCCCCUGGAAGAUCAGCUGCUUCUGACGCUAAUGAGGCUUAGACUACGAUUGCUGUAUGGCGACCUUGCUCGUAGGUUUGAUAUUUCUGUGUCGCGUGUGUGCCAGAUUUUCAACAUGCUACUACGAGCAUUAAAAACCGUGAUGGAGGAUGUCGUCAUUUGGCUACCACGAGAGGCAAUUCAUGACAGCAUGCCACCAAGCUUCAUAGAUACUGGGUACCAGAAGACGACAUGUAUCUUCGACUGCUCCGAGAUUACGCUCCAGCGACCUAAAAAGCUGAUGGCACGAGCCCAAACAUAUAGUUCAUACAAGGCUAAUAACACUGUAAAAUUUUUAACGGUCAUUGCACCCAAUGGUCUAAUCAUGUAUGUGUCUCGGGCGUAUGGAGGUCGCGCAUCUGAUAAGCAUAUUGUGAGAGACUGUGGUGUGCAGGAGUUUUUCCAGCGUGGUGACGAGAUCAUGGCGGACCGUGGCUUCACGCUCGACAGCUACCUUGAAGUUCAGGGCGUGAAGCUAAACAUGCCGGCGUUUACUAAAGGUAAAACUCAGCUGUCAGAGGCUGAAGUAACAAGAACCUGGAGAAUUGCAUCUGUGCGGAUUCAUGUUGAGAGGGCUAUCAACCGUAUGAAAACGUACAGGAUCUUCAAGUCUGCACUCUGCAUCAAAUCGAAGCAGACAAUAACGAAUAUGAUAUUUGUAUGUGCCGGCUUAUGCAAUCUGAAGCCUCCUCUGAUAGCCGAGUAA